CUUAAUCGUCCAGCUAAUUCUUUGUCUAAUAGUAAUAGAGUCGAGCCGUGGCCUUUGUAGUCUCCUUUGAAAGAUCUUCUCUUUCUUUCCUCUCUUUCGCAUUCUGCAACGUUUACAACCUGAGAAGCGAAACAGAGAGGCCAAAUCGCCCAAAUCGAUCUUUGACUGGGUCACCAUCUUUCAUCUUUUUUUUCUGGUUGAUCCUAUUUCUCUUUGAAAAUUAAAAAAGUUCGUAGCUUUAUUUUAUUUAUCAUCUCAUCAAACAGAGAAAGGGAGAAUGUACGUGAAAGCUGAGCCACCGACGGAUGUCAAUAGGAACACCGAAUGGUUCACAUACCCUGGCGUAUGGACUACUUAUAUUCUAAUGGUUUUCAUGUCUUGGCUUCUUGUUCUUUCCCUCUUCGGUUGCUCUCCUGGCAUGGCAUGGACCAUUGUCCACCUUUCUCAUUUCAUUAUUACUUAUCACUUCUUUCACUGGAUGAAAGGAACACCAUUCGCUGAUGACCAGGGUAUCUACAAUGGGUUGACUUGGUGGGAGCAAAUAGAAAAUGGCAAGCAACUGACUCGCAAUAGGAAGUUUCUGACUGUUGUACCUGUAGUGCUGUAUUUAAUAGCCUCCCAUACAACAGACUAUCAAAAUCCAAUGCUCUUCUUCAACACAUUGGCGGUGUUCGUAUUGGUCGUAGCUAAGUUCCCACACAUGCACAAGGUUCGCAUAUUCGGAAUCAAUGCCGGUAACUGAACUUCAAAAAAGAUCCAAUCUUUUGGCAUUCUGAUAUGAUGGUAUUAUCCCUGUACAGAUACUGAUAACUGUCAAGGGUUAACCAUUAUUGUUUAUUAUCAAAGCAAAUAUCUAUACGCCCCUUUAUUACAUGCUGGGACAAAAAACAUUGUUAUUAUAUUUUCUCUUUUACUGGCUUAUGUUGCUGGAUUGUAGCACUGUGAUGUUAUGUAUUCUUGCUAGAGGCUAGAAAAUCUAUUUCACUUCUGAAUUUAUUAUUCUCCUUA